AUGCAAUGUGCAUCUUCCACACCACUUGUAAUACACGAUUACUCACUGAACGGAUUCGAUCAGCAAUACACUGAACCAACAGAUGCAAAUACACCAAGAAAACAUCGAUUCUAUCUCAUCAAAGACUAUAAUGAUUCACUAAAGAAUAUGACACUCUAUCCAGGUCAUACUCUUUCAUUAAUCUUUGAAGUCAACAAAUAUGAUCAACCAUCCAUUCAACAAGAUCAAAAUAAUAAUAAUCAUAAUAAUAAUAAUAAUAACAAUCAAUUAGAUGAUAAUGAUAUAAAUAACAAGGGUGUACAAUUAUGUAUAAAAUAUAUUAAUAAACUGCAAGAUACAGAUAGUUUGGUAAGAGAAUGUAAACCAUUGUGGAAAGAUCUUGUAGAAUUCCAUUGGCCAAUUACAAUCAACUGUCCAGAUAAACACUAUCAAAUAGAAACGAUCAUUCCCACUACCACAUCAACAGUUGGCUCAAUCAUUCCAUUUGAAUUUAUUAUUACAAAUCUACAGAAACAACAACAACAACAACAACAAUCGAAUGAAAACGAUACAUCUCUAACCUAUUUAAUUGAAUAUGAUCCAACCUAUUGGACACUAUCAGGUAGGAACAAAUUCACUUUUAAAUUAAAUAAUGGUCAAGAUAUUAAAUUUAAAUGUAAUUUAAUACCUGUUGCAGCAGGAUCACCAUCAAUACCGACUAUCACUCUUGUUGGAAUCAAUUCAUCGAGUAUCACUCAUAAGAAACCAACUUCUGGUCAAAUCUAUAUCUAUCCACUCUCCAAGUUUAAUUCGUCAUGCAGUGAACAAUCGUUGGCUCCAUUGCCAACCGCCAACGUAACAUCACCUACAACCACCAAAGGAGGAUCCUCUACAAAAUCAACAACAACUACUUUAACUACAAAACAACCAUCUAUCCUUAAAUAA